AAAAAUGGCCGAAUUCGAAAAUUUGAAGUGAAAAGUAAAACAAUUUGUUAUUUUUUUACCAUUUUUGGGCAUCGCUUGCCUUCUUUUGAACUACUUAACAUUUUUUUCUCAAGCCCGGAACAUUCCGCAAUGAAUUUAUGAAAUAAAAUGGAGCGGGACAACCACAUUUCUCGGCAAAAACCUUCGGGUUCCCGUGGCCAGAAUCGAACCCAAAAUGGACGAAAUUCGCAAAGAGAAGACCCUAUCGGCAACAAAGACAUCACGAAUCGACGUAUAAAAUGCCCAGAUUGCGAUGGCCGACUUCCAAAAGAAGGCAGUAAGUCUAAAUCUCGUGUUUGGAAAAAGGUAAUUUGGUUCACUCGCAGAAACAAGAGUGCCAAAAAUGAAAUUUGUCAAUGCCACACGGAUGAGGGGAACCAUUCCAGCGUGGAAGACAGGCAUUCAAAUUCUUGGUCAUUUACACGAAGGGCUAGUAGGAAGUUUCGGAUUUCAUCCCGGAAAAGGCAAUGUAAGUCGGAAUCGUCCAAAAAGUCUUUCCAGGUUCGGGGAAAACAAGACGAUCCUUGUACCUCUCAUGAAAGUUCGCAGCCGAGCACACGUACAGGCAGCGUAUGUUCCAGUGGGGCAAACAGCCCUACGGCAACUGGCAGCUUCUGUGAUUUUGGUGCAACUAGCCAUGCAGGGGGUAGGGGUUCCAGGAGACAUAAAAAUACCUUUGUAUUGACCGAAAUAGCUAGAGAGAUCAACCCCCCUGUUAAAAAUGAUAGCCUGCCGUUGAGUGACAUUCACCCCCCACCCAAACGAUUAUCAAAAUCCUCAUCUUCCGUAAGUCAUUUAUCACGACGUUGCAUGAGUCCGACUUCGGGAAACGUCCGUAGGUCGAAAAGUUUCCCUGGGUCACAGAGUUGCAUAUCUCCAUCUAAACGUAGAUUCAUAAACACGCCAAAUACACCAUUUGGUAGCUUCUCACCCCCUCUCAAACAAAAAUGCUAUGGGUUGCGGCGUACUGCCACCUUUGCUGGCAAGCUGAAUACAGAAUUCCCAAAAAUGUGCAUCAAGAAAUCGAAGAGCGUAAACACUGCAGAGUUAACGAGGCUCGAGAAAUCAACCUCGUUGGGUGAGAUUCGUGAUCAAAGUGGCAGUAUUGUUGGGGUUGUACAUUUCUAUAAAUCGCCCAAGAAAAUGGCUAGGAGAAUGAGUAGCUUUAAUCGUGAACUCAAAAAAGACUGUACGUUUGAAGAAGAAGAAUUUGGAUAUGAAACAAUUGAUCAAACCAAUUCAAAUUUAAUUUCUGCUACUAAGGAAGGCAGUAGAGCUCAUUUAAAUAAAAAUAGCACAAUUUCUGAAAGAGAUAUAAGCCUCGUGGCAAGACGUUCUAGUUUCAAUGAAACUAGUAAGAGAGAUUGUGAGGAAGCAUGCAAAAAUGAAAUCACAACAAGCUGUGAUUCACCUCUACCUUUGGACAGAACUUUGAACAUAGAGGCCUCGUUAAGUUUGUCAAGCAUUAACGAAGACAUAAAUGAUGCAUGUUCUAGUCAUGAUGAACCUACCCUUUGUGAUAACGAACCUGGUGCUUUAGGUGUUUUAUAUAAUAACAAGUCUGUCCAAGAAUUGGGCUUAGAUUUUAACGAUGAUUAUAAUGUUAAGAAUGUUAUUGGGAAUAAUUAUGUUGGUAAUGACAGUGAUAUUUUGGGUGUUGUAAAUAAUAAUUGUGUUGUCCAAGAAACUAGAAAUGCUAGUGGGAAUAGUAAUGUCAAUACUACAGACUCCUCAUAUCCAUUUGGUUGUGCUGCAUCAUUAAGCUCAAUGACAAUACAAGAAACUGUUACUGAAAAUGUCAGUGAUAUCGAAAAAAUAAUCCAAAACGAGCCUGGCUCAAUGAAAGAUGAAAGCUUAUGUAGUACUUUACCAAGUAAAGAUGAAACUUCCAAUAUUUCAACUGUUUCUGAAACAUCUGCAUUGGCUCAUGAUUACUGCAUUUCAAGUGGUUCUUGUCAUGAAAAUGAUCUGUUCACCGAACAACCAUCUACAUCAGGAACCUCACAACAAAUUUCUGAAAAUGUUCAAUUGUUGUGUAACCCUCAAGACUGCCUGUCAGAUACCUGCCGUAGGUGUGCUCAUCACCAUAGAAACCAACUGCUAACAGAACCACCACCGUCAUUACCAACCUCGGAGCAAAUUUCUGAAGAUGUUUAUUUACCAUGUCAGCAUGAUGACCAUGUGUCGAAUAACUGCAAUGGGUGUGGUCUUCACCAUGGAAACCAUCUGUUAACAGAAAUAGCAACCUCAGAACAAAUUUCUGGAAAUGUCAAGUUAUCAUAUGAUUGCACUGGUGAUGUGUCUGCUAAUUGUAAUGGGAAUGUUUCUGGAAAUGUCAAGUUAUCAUGUGAUUGCACUGGUGAUGUGUCUGCUAAUUGUAAUGGGAACCAUUUGUUAACAAAACAGAUGUGUGUAUUAUCAAAGCCUCACCAAAGUUCAGAAAUUUCAGAAGAGUCAGAAGGGAAAAAUGUCUCUAAUGCAAAUAAACAGUGUAUAAAUGAUGUUGCAAAAAAUGCACUAAAUUCUUGUGCUAUGGACAUGAAUGAAACGUGUGUUGAUCAUGCCUCAUUCCUCGAAGAAUCAGAGGAUAGUUUCUGCAGUGACAAUGCAUACCAAUCAAAUAUACAUACGGAUUGUGAUAGAUGCUUGGAGAGUGAAAUAUCUGUAGAUGGUACUUCGUUUCCUGAAAUUAACCGUGAUAGUAUUUAUAGCAAUGAUGCAUGCCAGUCAAAUAAAAGUAGUUGUGGUGAUGGCUGUUUGGAGAGUGAACUAAAAAUUACCGAACAAGUUGACGGUUUAACCGAUGAGCGUGAUUUGGAGUUUUGCAAUGAUACCGAAUUGAGUCAUAACUGUCCUUGUAUCAUGCCUGAAAGUGACUUGACAUUAGAAACGUUCGAUAAUCAAAUUAACACUGACAGUAUUGCAACGCCGGUUAUGUCCCGCGAGAAAUUUCAAACGCGCGUUCAUUCCAAUAUGUUGGGAAGCUCCGAGAAGAAGCCCGAUAGUCCAACAAAGAAUACCAAGUCAAUGAAUGACCAAAUAGAUCUUAAAGUUUAUAAGGAAUGUUCAACAAGCACAAACGGUUUGUGGUCACAAAAUUGUGAAAACUUAAGGAAUGUUGCAACAACGGUAAUUCCCAAUGAGGAAUUUCAAAUACGUGGACAUUCCAGGUCACUCACAAGCCCCGAGGUUCUAGAAUGCUCAGGGACAUCGGAUUAUGUGUCCAUGUUUGAUGAAAGUUUCAGUCCUUCACAAAAUGACGUGCCCAUUCACACGUGGAAGACGUCAGAGUCGGAUUUGAAGAGUGAUGAAAUUGGGCUCCCUGUACCCGGAGAAACUUUCAAGAUGCGAACUGAAGUAAGUUGGUUCGUUUAAGCCGAUUUUUACCGGUUGAAAAUUACGCUCGAAGCACAUUCUGUGAGUAAGUUGCGUUGCCAUGUUCUAUAAUCGUGAUUAUAAAAAAUGCGUUGCAGAUGGGUACAAAUCUUGGUUUCAAACACAUUCAAAUUCCAGAGACAUCAAAAUUGCGUUCCGAAUAUUAUGCGUUAUCCGUAUAUUAUGCGUUACUAAAUGCGUUCUAAGCUGCGUUGUUCUAAGGUCCAGACACACCGGACGCGAUUGGACGACGCGACGCGAUUUUUCGCUUUUCACUGACGGAUAACUUUGAUUCUGUAGUUUAUAUUUUCAAAAUAUUUGGAAGCGAUAUAACAUUUUGAGCUAUUAGUGUCUACAUAUCUUUCACAAUUUGCUCUCAUUGGUUGUUUUAUUAACUUUCAAAAACUAAAAAGUUGCGUUGCGUUGUCGAAUCGCGUCCGGUGUGUCUGGACCUUAACGCGUUUAAAAUAUUGCAUUCGAAAUAUGCCUGUAUAUGUUUGCGGGUAACCAAAAAUAAUUUGCAGUUAGCUGGGAACCGGUCCACUGGGAGCAACGUUUUAAUAAGCAAUAGCGCUUGAGAAAGUCAAUUUGGGCAAUAGGAACUAUAACUCGGAGCUUGACAGCUUGAAAUUUUAUAAAUAAAAUUUGGCCACAGAACAGUUACUAUAAAAUAGUCAAACCACACAAAGUUUGAAAAUAGAAAACUGAAAAGAGAAUGCAGUAAUAAAAAAGAGAAACCUAUUAACUCUGGUCGGUAUAAAUAUUGCAAAAAGAUACUGGGAAAAAAUUGAAAUUUUCUAUACCAUACUAGCAUGCACAAGAUCUUGUGACCCAGGUUACAGUUAGCUCCAGUCACUUGCAUGUAAUGUGGUUACCUUGGAUUCCAACAUCUGACAGCCAUGGUUCGAAAUAUGUUCGAUUGUCUGAGGAUCUGAUGAAAUACAAUUCUCAUUAAUGAAACAUUUAUGAAACAUGUUUUAGUUGAUGUUAAGUUGGUUUGAAGAAUUCAAUGAUGAACAAAGAAAUAUUAUUUUGAAAAAGAUUUUGGUAAGAAUAUGCAAAAUGUUAAAACUGAGUCAGUUCAGUCAAACAUUUCUUACAAAUCCUUCAAAACUUAUGCAAAAUUACUAUACUAUGAUCACAGAAUCUUCGAUAGUGUAAACUUGUCCAGCCUUAAGUCUAAGAAUACAGCACUGUUGCCACUAGAAAUGGAAAUGCCGAAUAGGCAGUAACUCACACCAGGCAAACAUUAAACUAAAUACAGUAUAUCUACAAAUAUGUUCCGCAACCAGCAAUUGAGGUAAAUUGCAAACGACCUAUACCGUAUUCUCUGAUUUUGCGAUUUACAACAUCGCGCGAUAGAAUUUACUGUUUAUUACAGAAGUCAUAUUUCGACGGGUUAUACAUCAAUGAUAAUUGCAAAUUAGGGCAUGUUCAUAUGGAGAAAAGUUAUCUCGGUUAGCGAGAAAACAUUUCGACAAGUUUACAAGCGAGAUCUCGCCUUAUGAAAAGUUACAAUGCGUUCAUAUGAGACGAAAAGUUUUUCCGUGUACCGAGAUCUCGCUUGUUGACAGGCGAGAUCUCGGUGACCGGGAUAAUGUUUUUCCCAUAUGAACACAACAUAUUCACAACUUUGCCGCUUGGCGGGAAAACUUUCUUACAAAUCCUUGCGCGUCACACCAGUGCUACGUCACAGCCGGGAUAACGUUUCUCCAUAUGAACAGAACAAAAUUAUUUGGCCAGUCGAAAUGUUUUCUCGCUAACCCGAGAUCGAUAACUUUUUCCCCAUAUGAACAGGCUCUUUAUAGUAAGGAAAUAGAAUGAUCAUGUCCGUAAUUGUUGGCCAUUACUUAUUUGUACAAUAUUUUCUCCAAGAAUUGCUGUGAGCUACCCCAGAUGCAUCUUCUGUCAGUAGCAAUGGAAAACAAUCUCCACAAGACUUGUCCACCAAACUGUCAAGAUAUGUUGGUGUGGUUACCUUAUACCGUCACUUUGAAGAUACUUACGUAUCUAGACCCAGGUAGGGUAUUAUAAGUUCGGCUUGAGGCUACACGGGUAAAAACCCGAGUCACAGUUUGUCAACAACAUGAUGUUUACGCGCUGCUUGUUCCCAGUUGUUGACAACUCUAUAGACCGCGUAGCAGGCCUCGAAUUUCCCUGAAAUCAAUCGACGGCAAUGACGUUAAAAAUUGCCGUAGAACGCGUAACAGCUGUCCACGGCAAUUUUGGCAGUUUCCACGGCAUUUUUCAAAUUACUGAAUAAAACUUUAAUUUUAUUGUUACUUUGGAUUUUGGACAAGCUAGAAACAUGUCUACGUAUUUCUUUAGUGUUUUUUUUCUCGAAGAAAACUAAGACUAAUAAUGAUUUACGCAUGAUUUGAUCAACAUCUGAAUAGUAUAAAAAUUGCACUAUACGGCAAAAAAUUGCUGUCGUUGCCGCAAUGAUCCACGGCAUUUUGUUCUCCCUCUACGACAAUUGCCGCGAUUGCCGCGAUAAAAUUCGAGCCCUGCCGCGUAGCUCAGUUGGCAGAGCAUUGGGCUAGUGUUCCAAAGGUCGUAGGUUCGAUUCCCACCGUGGCCAGGCAUAUUUUUCAAGCUUGCCCGGUGUGGAUAUACACUCAGAGUAACAUCUCAAGCAUCUAUAGAACAAAUUGUUAUCAUCUUUUAUAUAAUAACGGUAAGAAUUCAAGCGCUUUCGUUGAUCGAGAGCCAUGAUCUAUUAGAGGACAUGACGCACGGAAUAGGCAAUUCCAGCUCUAGACUAAAUUUUGAUCUAGGCAAGAAGAACAAAAUCCAUCGCCACGGCUUCCUUAUUUGUAUAGAUCAUGUACGCGUGAUAUUUGUCAAAUUUCGACUUUUUCAAAUUUCCAAAUGUUUGGGUGGAUAAAAAGUAAUCUAUUUACUUGUUUAAUUCGGGGUUUUUCUUUUUUUUAUUAUAUAAAACAAAUAGAUAAGAUUUUGCCGUUGUCUUUUCAAUUUUAGAUACACAGUAUGAGGUCAAAAUGUGGGCAGAACAAACAAAGUGACCCACUCGCCCCAGAUGACGUCAUACUGUGUAUCUAUAAUUGAACAGACAACGGCAAAAAUCUUAUCUAUUUAUUAAAUAUAUAACAAGAUUGAUGAGGCCAACAGACUCGCAACAAGUUGUUCCAACAGGUCUGAUAUCGUCUGCACGUAACAAGUUGACGACAACAAGCUCGUAUAGCAACUUGUUACGGACAACCUGUAUUAGUCUUGUUGGAAUAACUCAGGGACGCCGGAAAGGGGGGGGGGGGCGCAGGGGGGCAUCGCGCCCCUUGCCCUUUAGUAAGGGGGACGAAAGUGCCCUUAUAGACAAAAAUUCUAACCCAAAAAAUAUGACUAGGUCCAACGAUUAAAAAGUAUGAAUUACGGGUGAAAUGUACGUAAUAUUGAAAUAUACGUGAAAUUUUCUGGAAUAUUGUGUCAAAAAUUAUGUUUUCAAAAUGUUUGCCCUUGUUUUGGUGAAUUAAGGUCCCGGAAAAAAUUUUCGGAAACGAAAUAUUAAUUAGUGAUUGCCCUUACGUCAACAUUGCCCCCCCUGUGCCCUAUCCUCGCUCCGGCGUCCCUGGAACAACUUGUAGCAAGUCUGUUACCGUCAUCAACCUUUUAACAAGGUGAUAACAACUUGUUCCAGACUUGUCACAACAACUGGGAACAAGCAGUACGAACGCAUCCUGAUAUCGGCUAAUCGGCUUGACAACAAUAUUGCGCGUUUUUACUUGUGAACAAGGGUAGGUUGACUACAAAAUUUUUGUAGUUCGCUAUAACUACAGCUACUUCAAAAAUAUGUAGUCAGCUACAACUACUGCUACUAUUGAACAAAAGUAGUUCGCUACUGACUACAGCUACUGCUUAAAAAACGUAGCGAACUAUUUCGCUAUUUCGCUACUCAAUAUUUUUUAAUUUUACUGUAUAUGGAACAUCUACUAUAGCACAGGCUGUAAUGUAACCUAUAACAAAUCGACUUACGCGAGUAAAUAAGACGGCAUGCACUCGCACAGUUUGAACAGUUGCACGGCAUACUUUAUUCAUGCAAAUUGAGCAUUGAUUUUAAGCAAACUGUGUCCUAAUAACAUUCUAUUCUAUCAAGUUGCUAACAAUUUUAAAAAGUAGCGAAUAGCGAUUUGCUGUUUGAAAAGUAGUCAACUAUUUGGCUACUUUUAGGCAAAAUGUAGUUCGCUAUAACUACAGCUACUGUUUUGAAAAAGUAGUCAAAAACUACUGGCUACUUGAAAAUUGUAGUUCGCUACAGUAGCGAACUACAACUACUUCGCUACUACCCACCCUUGCUUGUGAAGGAACCAAUGAUAGAAAUGACUUUUUUUUCAGUCAGUCUGUGCCGAUGCAAUCAGGUGAAUCGAGCUUGGAACGAACUUACAGAUAAUCCACUAUUAUGGCAACGGCUGACUAG